UAUUGGGUCCCAUAGAAAAACCUUAAAGACAUUGUCAUUUUCUUAUUUUCGGGAAUUUUUAUUUUUCUCAAAGUGGGAAAAAAGUGAAAGGUGACGUCAAUUCGUGAUUAAACAAAAAAUAAAGAUAAAAGUCACGGAGGUUAGAAGAAUUUUCGCUUGGCUGUGACUUUUUAAAAAAGAGGAGCGGGCUCUUGUGUUUCUUACUAAUUCGUUUCGUGUACUCGUCGGUCGCGGGAUUCCCAUUCAAAAGAAUGCUCUUGAGAGAAAGGGAGGGCUUGUUUUUUUUUGUAUUUCACUAUCGCAGAUUCCUUUUGUGUGCAUUUUAUCCAUUUGUUCAAGCUCGUCUCUCCAAUUCAAACCCCUAAUGAAUCCAUCGGGAAUUACAGACAUUCCGCCGCCGAGGAACGCGGGAUGACAUUUAAAAAAAAUGUUUAAAUCGCAAAACCUACACACGGAGAAAGUUGCGCUAACAAUAAUAGAAACCGGAGCAAGUCGAUGAAUUAUUUCUUUAUCUUUUUCUUUUUUUAUCCGUUACGCUGUUUUCGUUUCGCUCUUGAUGACAUUAUUUCUUUUUGGUUGCCCGUUUCUUGUUAUUUGUCGCGCUCAGCUUUCCCGUAUCGUGACCUAACCGUCUAACGUGAUGACGAACAGUGAUGUGGACAACGUCGACAGCGACAGUUCCCACCUCUCCUACGAGAGCGAAGAGGGGACAAAACUCACGGAUCAAAAGAAAGAUGGCGACGAAAAAUCAAAGAAGAAAGAAUCGCUCAGGUGCAACUACAACGCCAUGGUCGUCAUGGCCAUCAAGAGUAGCACCGAAAAACGCUUGUCUACUUACGCUAUCUACGAGUACAUUUUGAAGAAUUUUCCGCAGUACCAAGACUACAAGCAUGGAUGGAAAAGAAGCCUCCGCCAAACUUUAAAUAAACACAAGUACUUUGUGAAGGUGCCACGCAGAAAGGGCGACAAGGACGAUUGCAAUUACUGGAUACUAAAUCAGUUCAGCCCCAAAAAAAACUUCCCCUCUGCCUCAGCCACUUAGUGCUUGUUCAUCAGUGUUUUCAAACAUGUCUGAAAAAAUCAUGAACUUAAGCAAAAAUGCUGUGAGAAAAAAUGAUAUAACGUAACCAAAUGUUUAUGCCAAUUUUUUCAGCCCAAAAGAAGAGGCAAAAUCAGAAACAAAAAAAGAAGAACCUGUUGCUAAAGAUAGAGGGAAAUUUUUAGAAAUUCUCCGUCAAAACUCGUCAUCAUCAUCUUAAGCGGCUUUGAAAUAUUGCGAUAAACGAAAACUACAUUUUAAAUAUGUUUUAAAGCAAGAGGUGAAGGAAAGAACAAAUGCCACUGGUUGUUCCUGCUGCGGGGUGUAUGGGAAUGCAGCUUUUCAUUGCGUGAAAGGGUAAAACAACAAGUAUACUACAUGCAGCGAUUUAUGGACAUCUAUAUACUCGCUUCUUGCUGAAACACUGAAAGGUUCAGAUUCAACGCUGCUACAAAGUGAAUCGCUAAAAAGUGUAUGUAGUGAAAUUCGCUGGCUGGUAUCUCCGAUUCACGGAUUGAUGCACAUCGCACAAUCGAUGGUGUUAACACGUCGUUCUCCGUUGUUGGUGCAUACUGGACCAAAGUGUGAUAGAUGUUUGCGCUGCUGUGAUAAAAUUACUGAUGCAGGAAAACAACUUUGUCUUCCAUGCUAUAAAACAAAAUGCUUUCAAAGUAAUUUGGCAUAUGUCCCCCCCCCCCCCCCAAAUAUGUUCUGCCACAAAUGACUGAAGAAGAUCCCAAGAGAAAGCCAGUCACGUUGGCAUUUUAUUGUGCUAGAUCCUCGUGGGGUUGUUACGCUAUAGAAGAAGAUCACUUCAGAACAUUAAAAGAAGCGUUUACAAAUAGCGUGAGGAAUUAUGGGCCAUUCGGUCAAACAAAUCGUGUUGGUUAUCCCUUGAAGGUCAAGCAUGGUGGGGUAUUUGUUGCAACAGCAAGUGCUAUAUCUAGCAUAUCUACCAGAUUUUUCCGUCCACCGAAUUCAAAAGACAAUUGGUUGCCAAUGGGUAUUUUGUCAGAAAUCUUAAUUUUCAAGUACCGUCCGAUGGAUAUAAUGGUUUUGAUUAUGUCUCAACCUACGUGUUUAACAAUUUCGCCGCAACAUUUGAAAACUUUCUUGGAAGACGUAUAUCGCCGCGGUAUUCCUAAAGAUUUGUUGUAUUUCUUUUACUAUGGCUUGGAAUCCACGCAGAAUUGCACACCUAACCAUGAGACGAUGGUACUGGCUGCAGACAUUCUUGAAGCAAUUGAGCAAAACCUAACUCCGUACGGCAAACGCCCUGGCCACUUAGCUGUCCUGUACGCCGCUAUCAAAGGUUGCACACAACGUUAUGGUAGGCCACCAGAAGGAAGAACAAAGUUAGUGGGGGGGGGGGGGGUACAAGACCCAAUUCACAAACGAUUAUACAGGAUAACGUGCAAAAAAAAUUUUUCCAACAAAAAAUGUAGCGCUAAAGACUGGUACAGAUGUUGCAGAAAAAUUUGCCUUAGAAUGUGGCGACUAUCUGGCGUGGUUUCACGGUGAUUGCGUUGCCAUGACAACAUCUAUAGCAGCACAGAUGGACUCAAAUGCAUUGCAAUUCAUUUGCGAUACCUGUUUGCAAGAACGAGAAGAGAUGACACCUUGUCAGACUCGAUUUGCGUCGCCGCAUUCCAAUUGGAACGUAUUGGACAAUGACUCUAACCAACAAAGUAGGGCUAUAAGUAGUAAGAAGAAACAAGAUGCUUUAAAUGAUGAGCCCAAAGCCGGUCCAAGUGUCGCAAAGUUCGUCAAAAUGUCGCCAUAAUUGCAAGAAGGAAAACAAGUAAUUGUAUCCUCGCCGAGUUCCAAUUGGAGUAUUUCUGACAAUGACUCUGGACUAGAAAAUCUGGCUGUGAGUAGUCACAAGAAAAGACAGACUUUUACCAUUGAACCAAAAAAUUCCUUUUGUUUGGAAAAGAUCAUGGAAAAGUACCAAAAUAAGCAAGACGGAAAACAACAGAUAGCGUCCUCGCCAAGUGCCAAUUGGAACAUAUCAGACAAUGACUCUGACUAUGAAAAACUGGCUAUGAGGAAGCCAAUGAAAAGACGAUCAAAAACAAAUGAGCCAACACCUGGUCCAAGUGUUCAAAAAAACUCAAAAAUGUCGCGAAAUGAAUCAGAAGAAACGCAAAAAAGUUCGUUGAAGAACAAUAAGAUGCGGCUUCACAUGAAAUAGAUGA